UCAAAUUGUCAAAUUUUUUGUGCGGUUCUACGUACUUGUAUCUAUAUCAUAAUUUUAACAUUUUAAGGCACCAUAAUAACAAUUUAGUUAUUUAAAGAAAGUUAUUUUCCAAUGUAGGAACUAUUUAAGUUAUUCAUUAUGAGUUCCCAUUCAAGGGAUUUGGCAUCCUGUGCGUCAAACUCCGAAAUAAGCGACGAAAACAUAAACAACAAUGAUGAUCUCGAGGUAGAUAAUUCAAAAUGUGUUCUCCUCAAGAUAGCCACAUUGUAUGCAGAACAAUUGAUGAGUGAUCUGAUACUUGAUGUUGGUGGAGUAGCAUAUCCUGUGCACAGACUCAUUCUGUGUGCAAGCAGUGAAGUGUUUCAGGUUAUGCUGAUGAAUAGAGAAUGGAGUGAGUGUAAAAAGACACGCAUAGUUCUGCAAGAGAAUCCAGUUGCUGCGUCAGUCUUUCCACAGUUUCUUAAGUAUUUCUACACUGGUCAAAUUAAAAUAUCACAUAAAACAGUUCUUCCGGUACUUUCUCUAGCUGAUAAAUAUAAUAUUUCAGAUUUGAUGACAUUAUGUCUCGAGUACAUGGGUCAGCAUGUAGCGCAGGCAGCACAGCGUGGUCAGCUCAUUGCCUGGAUGCAGUACACCAUGGCUUGUGGACACAAUAAAGUUGCCAAAGCGUGUCAGAACUUCUUCAAAUGGAACCUGGAAUGGAAUUGGCUUGACAGCGAGCUGGACGAGCUGGAGGGGGAGACGUUGGCGCAGCUGCUGCAGCAGAACGAUCUUGUCGUACACAACGAGAUGAGUGUGUACAAGUUUGUGGAGCGUUGGCUGAACCGUCAGCGUGAGUCUUACAACAUACCAGCUGGUGUGGAGCGUACUCCCAGCGAUUGUACCACCAACACCAGUGACAGCAGUGACUACUCCGAAGUCAGGAUGCAAUGGGAUGCACUGGUCUCGGCCGCUUUCUCACAUGUCAGGUUUCCAAUGAUGUGUCCUAACCAGUUGGCGACGCUGUUGCUGUCGCCGCUGACGCAGCAGCACAAGGACUUCUUCAUGGAACGUAUGGCCGUCGCAAUGAGCUACCAGUCAGGUCAGUACGAGCGUGUGUGGGAGGUGCAGCAGACGGCUGGUGGACGCGCUCUCUUCACUCCGCGUCUCUACACCGAGGACACGUGGGGCUCUGUUCUGGCUGUAGACAACUUCCACUCUUUACCCUGCUAUCACAUGCGCACCUUCAUCUUCUCAACGCGCCCCGCUCUCGCCGACAUCGCUCACACAGACCGCAUGAUGGAGUGGACAGUAGACCUCUAUCCUAAGGGAGUCUGGUUCAGGAAGAGCAUGCUUAUCGCCUGGUCCGGAACUUAUGAUGUGCCGGAAGCGGUGUUACGUACUGUACGUAUCGCCAUCACUUGUCUCAGUGUUACAGCACCGGAUCCGUACCGUCCUGAACCUGACGUCAGGGUCAAGAUAGGCAUCCUGGUGUGGGGUCGACAGAACGGCGUGGCUCACAUCUCUGACGUAGCGGUACGAGUACAUCGCUUUUCGGCACAAAACAGAGUACUGAACAUUGACGAUGCACUGGACUUCGACGAGCUGAACACUCCGCUGUACACACCCGCACAGCCUGCCUCGCCCGGCAACAAGCGGUGUCUUAAGUGCGUGGAGAACAACGCGAGUACCGAGCCCUCACACCUCAUGGGACCAAACAAGGACCAGCUCAGGGUACAAGUAGUGAUCUUGCCAUUAACGGAUUACUGUUACGUGAGCCCUGCGGAGGUCGCCGCAGGCUCAGACCGACUUGGACCCUGACCCUGAGAGCCUUCGCAACUGAGGCAAUAAGGACACCACAUGUGGACCUCUAAAAUACUUU